AGUGUUUGAUUAAAAUGACACAGAUCAGUUUGAUAACAUUAACAUUCCGAAACAUUGUUAAAAGAUGAGGACGAGCAUGUGCUCAGGUGAGACUCCUGUCAAUCAUAACCAGCUUCAGCGCUUUAUGACCUGUUCAGCUCUUCUCGGGACCAUGUGAUGACCCAUGCUCGGAAAAACACUUCCAUUGGCCGAUAUCGCAGCGAGGGGCGGGGCCACGUGGAAAGCUGGUCACAUGGUGAAACAGUGGGCGGAGCCUGGCCUGUGCAGGCCAAGAAAGUCAAGGAGAGUCAAUGUUUGGCAAAGCGUUCAAUGAAAAUGGAUGAGAGUAAGACUAAGAAAGGGAAGUCCAAUGCUACGAGUGAGCGCCAUCGGAAGCUCUACCCAUUACGAGGAAGAAGCGAGGCCUUGGGUUGUCACGUUCUGCUCACUCGCCUACAUAAUGAGACCAAGACGAGCGAGGUGGAUCCCAGCAGAGAUCCAGAGCACAAAAAGACAAAAAAAGCCCACAAGAAAGCAGAGAACACCAGGGAGCCGUUGCAGAAAUGCCUCGAAACCUCCGAUGAACCUUCAGCUCAGGAGCCACGCAAACGUAGACUGGCGUCGCUCAAUGCCGAGGCGCUCAACAGCCUUCUGCUCGAGAAAACAGACAGACCGCCAAGUGCCAAACUCACGAAGAAACAAGCCACUACAGAGCAAACCAAGACCUGCUCCAAAAGAGCCAGGACGUCCGAGACGUGCCAAAACCCCAAGAAGGAUGAGGCUGGAGAGAGUCUGUACGCUCCUGUUCCCCGACGCCUGGCUGGACUCAACGCCGCCGCGCUGCUAAAGCUCACCAGCUCCACCGCAAACAAGCACAGGGGUCAGAUCCCACAGUACACGCUCUGCAAACCCAGAGCAGCGCAGGAGCCCAAGAAACAACAGCCGGAAUCACAAGGCGCCUGCGAAGUGUGCAAAAGCAGGAGCUUGGAGUCAAAACUGAGUCCGGAGAGCCACCGCUUGACUAAACCCGGAUACCAGAGCAUGCUGGGAUACCGUCCGGUGAAGCUGGUGAAGGAGGAGCCGGUGGAGGCGGAGCUGAGUCCGUGUUUCUGCUGCGUCCGCCGGAGUCUGGCGCUCUUCCUCGGCGAGGAGCACCGGGUCAAGCACGAGUGCCUGGUUCUGUGCGCUGACCCCUGCUGCUCCAGCUACUACGUCCACAUCGCUCACCCCGGGCCGAGUCUGAGCCGCAUCCCACACCCCGCCUUCUGCUGCCGCCAGGCCUGUCGGGUCCGAGGAUUCGCCUUCAGCGCCGUGCAGCCGGUCACCAGCCGGACCUGCUCCUUCUCCAGCUGCAGCCGUCCCAUUAAAACAGAAGAGGAUGUCUCCGGAUGUCCCAGCAUGCCCCGAGUGACCCCGGCCGCCCCGAGUCUUCUGUCCACCAUGUCUGACCGCAGGCAGAUGGGCAAAGAAUGCCCUCAGAACACCAAACCAUCCCACGGCUCGCUCGCUGUGAGCCAGAAGCACCCCACAGCAAGCGCCAGACCGCAGAAGAAGGCCACGAACGGAUGGCGUCCGGUGGGAGUCCCCACGGAGAAGGAGGUGUUUAUAGCGGGCGAUGACGAGACGGUGCUCCGUCAGUGUUAUGAAGGAGUGCAGCGUGAAGGAGAGGUGAUCCGGGUGCGAGACACGGUGCUGUUACGGUCCGGACCCCACAGGAAAUCACUGCCGUACGUGGCCAAGAUCUCCGCUCUGUGGGAAGACCCCAGAACAGGAGAGCUGAUGAUGAGUCUGUUCUGGUAUUAUCGUCCUGAGCACACGCAGGGCGGCAGAGAUCCCAGCAUGCACUGUGAGAACGAGAUCUUCGCGUCCCGUCAUCAGGAUGAGAACAGCGUGGCCUGCAUCGAGGACCGCUGCUAUGUUCUGCCGUUAGCACAGUACUGUAGAUUUUGUGCCUUGGUGAAGCGGCGCUCGGAGGGCGUGUCCGACCACGCCCCGCUGAUGCCCCGCCCCUCUGACAGCACUGGCCCCGCCCACCGCCUGGUCCCCGACGGCGUGGAUCCACAGCUGGUGUAUCUGUGCAGACACGUCUAUGACUUCCGCUACGGACGCAUCCUCGAGAACCUGCAGUGAAGCUGAUAUACGCUGAAGAUGAAUCUGCCUCAGUCUCCUUCGCCUCCUCCGCUCGCGCGCUCAAGGUUUGCUGGUUCUUUCAGUCAUCUACACUGGACUGUCACACUGCUGAGGGACGAUGGAGGAACCUCUGAAGGAUCCAGAAGGCUUUCAUAAAAUAUCUCCACUGGUUUAAGACUAGACCACAGAUCCAGAUUAAAGGUCCGUUCACACUAAUGACGAUAUGACCAUAAC